GACUACAUAAGUUCCCCAAAUGCAAAUACCAUUGAACGCCACCUACCUUUCCACCUUUCUCUCUCUUCAAAGGUGGCUUCAGACCCUAGGACUCAUCAUCUUCUCCAGUUUGCUGAAAGUUUCAGCAAAUAGAAGUGAUGGGCCAGAGAUUAAGCUGUGCAGUUAGCCAUGAAGAACACGUCCUCUUCACUGCUGUCCAGUUUGGUGACAUAGUGAGUUUGCGGAUGCUUUUGGAAGGAGACCCAACUCUUAUCCAUCAGACCACUGUCUACGAUCGCUACUCUUCUCUUCAUAUAGCUGCCGCCAAUGGCCAGAUCGAGAUUCUCAGUAUGCUUCUGGAGACAUCUGUUAAUCCUGAUUUGUUGAAUCGCCUUAAGCAAACUCCAUUGAUGCUGGCUGCAAUGCAUGGGAAAAUUUCUUGUGUUGAAAAGCUUAUUGAAGCUGGAGCUAAUAUUUUGAUGUUUGAUUCAGCUCAUAGAAGGACCUGCCUGCACUAUGCUGCUUACUAUGGUCAUUCUGAUUGCCUCCAAGUCAUUCUUUCGGCUGCUAGUUCCCCCCAUGUUUCUGCAUCUUGGGGAUAUGCUAGAUUCGUGAACAUUAGAGAUGGUAAAGGAGCAACACCUUUGCAUUUGGCUGCAAGACAGAAACGAUCUGGAUGUGUUCAUACUCUUCUUGAUAAUGGAGCUCUUGUGUGCGCUUCAACUAGCGGAUAUGGUAUCCCAGCAAGCACUCCUCUUCAUUUGGCUGCAAGAAGUGGCUCAAUAGAUUGUAUCCGCGAAUUGUUGGCUUGGGGUGCUGAUCGCCUUCAGAUAGAUGCAUCUGGGAGAAUUCCUUACACUGUUGCUUUAAAGUAUGGCCAUGGUGUUUGUGCUGUCCUUCUAAAUCCUUCAUCAGCAGAGCCUAUUGUUUGGCCAUCGCCUUUGAAGUUUAUAAGUGAACUUAAUGCAGAGACAAAGUCUCUGCUAGAACAGGCUUUAAUGGAGGCAAACAAGAAAAGGGAGAAGAAUAUUUUGAAGGGAACCGAUUAUCUACUCCCUUCUCCAUCGCAUUCUGAUGCCGCGACUGAUGAUAAUAUUUCCGAGGCAAGUGACAGUGAACUAUGUUGCAUAUGUUUUGAACAAGUCUGUACAAUAGAAGUCCAAGAUUGUGGCCACCAAAUGUGCGCUCAAUGCACUUUAUCGCUAUGCUGUCACAACAAGCCCAACCCGUUGACUGCAUCUUUGGCAAUCCCGGUUUGCCCUUUCUGUAGAAGCACCAUAGCUCGGUUAGCAGUUGCAGCCAAGGUCAAAACGGGUAGUAUGGAAUCAGAUAUCGAUGUUUCUUCUUCCCCUAAGCCAAAAUGGUCGAAGAAAUCGAAGAAUCUAAAUGAGGGGGGAAGCAGCAGUUUCAAGGGUUUGACAGGUUCAUUCAAAAUGGGUGGUCGUGGCUCAGGAAGGAUCUCCUUUGAAAUAGUUGCUGAUAAAGAUUGAUGGAUUUUGGGGUAUGUAUAGACUAGAUUUGGUGUCCUUCCAAUUGUAUUAUAGAGUGGGUUUGGGGAAUAAGUCUAUAUUUUGCUUUGAAGAAAGCUCUUAUUUUACAGUUAUUUUUGUGUUGAGGGUGGAAUGGGAUCGGAUGGAUUUUUUUUCUUUCAGUUUUUAGUAACCAUCCAUCAGUAAUCCACAAAUGGUGAAAAUAGAGCCAUUAUGAAGAAAUGAGCAAGUGUUGGAAAUUGUAUGCUCAAUUCAAUUGUUGGCUUCUUUA